CAAACUAAACCAAUGGUUAACCAUAGAAGCUAUUUGGAUGACACAUCAAAUUGGCAUCACUUGUGCCAUAAAUUACCAAAAGUGAUCACUGAUGACAAUCCACACUUCAAUGAUAUUUUACUGUAUAUAAUAAGCAGUUCAUCGAUGGCUAGGAAUAGAGCAUUGGCUAUACAACAAAAUUUUACAUCAUUGGACACACAAAUAAAUUCAAACAUUGAUACUAUAAUAAAUGAUCUAGAACAAUUGGGACUCAAUACCAGUUUUGGUUGGUUACCUUAUAUACCAAAUGAAAAUAGUUGGCAACAAUUGUUUACUAAGAUUACUAUUGAACAAGCAAUACAAGGUGCACAUUGUUUUGCUAGAUUAUUUUCUAUACCAUUUAAACAGUGGACAACUGAUAAAUUAUUGUAUGCUACCGGUGCUGAUGACAAACUUGUCAAUUAUUAUCAACAGUUACAUCAUAUUCACAAUGAUAACAAUGUUUUACAGCAUAACAUAAGACUUGCCAUUGCAAGUGAUGUCUCACCACUUAAAUGGGAUAUUAUGUCAAACAAAUACAGACUUAUUGAGCUGUUGUCGGCUCGAAAAUUAAGAGAUUAUCUUAUAGUCAGACAAUAUGUAAAAACACUUGAUUUCAUAAUCAAAAUUCCAUUUGUGUAA